AUGAAACGUACACAACAAACACAACGUUGUUUAUGCUUAGAGGUUAUGUUAUUGAAAUUAGAUUUUUAAAUUUUUAUUUUAAAUGUUAUUUUCGACAAGAAACUAUGCAAAUCGAAUCUAAAAUGUGGAGAAGAUAUUUAAUGUGGUUUGCUCACGAACACAUCGAUUUUCGUCAUGCUGAAAUGCAAAGUAUUAUAUCGUUACUAAACAUUCCGAUAAGGUAUGUAGAAAAACCAUGCGUUCAGAAGCCGUAUUGUAUUGUGGAAUUGCCUUCAGAAGACUGUGUCAGAAAGAUUGCUUCUCGGUCAGUACUUUUGAAAAACUGUAUAGAGUUGUGGGCUAGAGCUAAAACUGUGUCACAAUUACACGUGAACUUGAAGAAUUCGUUGAAAAAUUCGACAGGUAGUUGGGUUGCAGGGGAAAAAGAUAAUGAUGGAGUAAGCAGUACUUGUUUGUGCCCUAAAGAAUUGAUAGAAUCAAGUUGUCCUCUUAAGAAAUCCUUUAAGAUCGAAGUUGAGACUUUUUGCAAGCAUUUCUCUAUGCAGGAGAAGGUUUCAAAAAUUGAAACAUUCAGCUAUUUACCAUUAGAAGGUCCGGUAAAGUUAAAAAAUCCAGAUGUGACCCUAGCCUAUUUGGAAUUUUAUGGUGUUGAUCCAAAUGAUGUUCCAGAAGAGCCCUAUGAUGUCUUCUUUGGGAAAUGGAUAGCAGAUGGUCAACGUGACCUGAUCCAGGUCCAUUCGUUGAAGAAGCGGCAGUUUAUUGGGAACACCAGCAUGGAUGCGCAGCUGGCCAUCAUCAUGGCUAACCAGGCUCAAGUGAAGCUCGGUGAUAUGGUACUGGAUCCCUUCGUCGGUUCAGGGUCUCUUCUUGUCGCAGCGGCACAUUUUGGAGCGUAUGUGUGGGGCUCCGACAUCGACUACAUGAUGCUUCACGCGAGGACACGCCCCACUCGCGUCGGCCAAAAGAUCCGUACGAAAGAAGAGAGUAUACGGGGGAACAUGAGACAGUAUGGAACCGAAUCUAGGUACUUAGAUGUGGUUGUUAGUGAUUUCUCACUACACAAUUGGAGAUCGGACUUAAAAUUCGACGCUAUUAUUACUGACCCACCCUACGGCGUUAGAGAACCGACUGAGAAGAUAGGAAUAGAGAGAGAUAACUACAAGUUAUCUGAGGAGCAUAUGGUGAACCAUGUGCCUUCCAAAGUGGAGUACGGGCUGGGCCACAUCUACAGUGACCUCCUCAACUUUGCCGCUACACAUCUUGAGAUGGGCCGGCGGCUAGUCUGCUGGUAUCCGCUGGUUAGGGAGGAGUACCAGGAGGCACAGUUACCAUCUCAUCCCUGCCUGAAGCUGGUGGCCAACUCGGAGCAGGUGCUGUCCAAGUUGGCAGCGAGGAGAUUGCUCACCUACGAGAAAGUACUAGAUGACGUGCCCAACAUGCCGCUAGAUCCUAACGCUGGAGUUCAUAAUUUUAGGGAAAAGUACUUUACUAUGGGCGAGACGACGAGGCGAGAGAGGAAAGAGAAAAGGGCGGAAGAGGUCGCAGCUUACCUCGCCAGGAAGAUGGAGACCACUAAAUAUAAUGACCUCAUGUGAAACAUGAUACCUUCUUAGUCCCGACCUUUUCCAAGUUUUGGGACCAGUACUGGCUUACGACUAAAUAUCUUUGGAUGAUUCUUGAUUUUAGAAAAAAAAUAAUAGUAAAAAGAAAAAAGAUUUAGGUACAUUGUUGAAUGAUUUUGGUCGUUGUCUUAACAAUCUGUUGAAUCAUUCAGUAUUUUCACGUGAAAGUUACCUGUGACUAUGUUAAGUAAUGUACAAUUUAAUUAAGUGUUAAUUAAAAUACAGAUUUUAACUAAAACCAGUUGAUUUUAUUGUUGAUUCCCGAACUUUUGAAGCCGAACCGAAUUUAUGUUGGAACUUUGAAUAGGGUAAUAAGUUUUUUCCAUAUCUUUCUAGGAAGGUAGAUUAUUUGUAAGUUCGUAAGUACUUAAUUAA